AUGAGCGACAUCACUCACCCCACCAUCAAGGAUGGCUGGUUCUCCGAGCAGUCUGACAUGUGGCCCGGCCAGGCCAUGAACCUCAAGGUUAACCAGAUCCUCCACCACGAGAAGUCCAAGUACCAGGAUGUUCUCGUUUUCGAGAGCAGCGACUACGGCACCGUCCUCGUCCUCGACAAUGUCAUCCAGUGCACUGAGCGCGAUGAGUUCUCCUACCAGGAGAUGAUCACCCACCUUGCCAUGAACUCCCACCCCAACCCCAAGAAGGUCCUUGUCAUCGGUGGUGGUGACGGUGGUGUCCUCCGUGAGGUCGUCAAGCACGAGACCGUCGAGGAGGCCACCCUGUGCGACAUUGACGAGGCUGUUAUCCGUGUCUCCAAGAAGUACCUUCCUGGCAUGAGCAUUGGCUUCCAGCACCCCAACGUCAAGGUCCACGUUGGCGAUGGUUUCCAGUUCCUUAAGGAGCGCCAGAACGAGUUCGAUGUUAUCAUCACUGACAGCUCUGACCCCGAGGGUCCCGCUGAGAGCCUCUUCCAGAAGCCUUACUUCGAGCUUCUGCGCGAUGCGCUCCGUGAGGGAGGUGUCAUCACCACACAAGCCGAGAACCAAUGGCUGCACCUGUCUCUGAUCACCGACCUCAAGAAGUCCUGCAAGGAGGUCUUCCCCGUCGCUGAAUACGCCUACACCACCAUCCCCACCUACCCCUCCGGCCAGAUCGGCUUCAUGGUCUGCUGCAAAGAUGCCACCCGUAACGUCAAGGAGCCCGUUCGCAGCUGGACCCGCGAGGAGGAGGAGAAGCUCUGCCGCUACUACAACCAGGACAUCCACCGCGCCAGCUUCGUUCUCCCCAACUUCGCCCGCAAGGCUCUGGACGCUUAG